AUGGAGAAAUAUUCUGGAGAGGAGCGAGUCCUGCCGAUUGAAGGAUUCGAAAGGCCGAAGAGUCCACCAAUCCAACCUGCAAGAGUGGCGUCCACCAUUCCGCAUCCAUCACGGACACAGCUCAGGGUCAUAUAUUUCUCGACGUCCGCUCCACUGACUUCUGGUCGAGUCAGUCAAUCCUGCGAAAUAUGCCAAAUCGAACACGGGGACACGGGGAACGGGCCGUCGGUGACGCUGACCCUGAGUGUCGCUGUCAACUAUUUAAACUUGACCUCUCGACGCGUCUGCUACAUAACUACAACCACAACCAAGAUGAAGUUCUCCUGGCUCACUGUGGCCAGCCUUCUCAUGGGCCAGGUUGCCCUGGCCGCCCCCAGCGCAAAGAAAUUCGCCAGCGCAUCCGGAACGCAGUUCAGCAUCGACGGCAAAACCGGCUACUUCGCCGGCUCCAACUCGUACUGGAUCGGGUUCCUGACCAACAACGCGGACGUCGACCUCGUCUUCAACCACAUGAAAGAGUCCGGGCUCAAGAUCCUGCGCGUCUGGGGCUUCAACGACGUCAACACGGUCCCGGGACCGGGGACCGUGUACUACCAGGUGCACGCGAACGGGAAAUCGACCAUCAACACGGGCGCGGACGGACUGCAGCGGCUGGACUAUGUGGUGCACGCGGCGGAGCAGCACGGCAUCAAGCUCGUCAUCAACUUUGUGAAUAACUGGGACGACUAUGGCGGGAUGAACGCGUAUGUCCAGGCGUACGGCGAGACGGACCAUAAUGCGUUCUACACGAACCAGAACAUCCAGAAGGCGUACCGGCGGUAUGUCAAGGCGGUGGUGUCGCGGUAUGCGAGCUCGCCGGCGGUGUUUGCGUGGGAGCUGGCCAACGAGCCCCGAUGCAAGGGCUGUGAUCCCGAUGUGCUGUACGAAUGGAUCAAGUCGACGAGCGAGUACAUCAAGAAGCUGGAUAAGCGGCAUAUGGUUUGCAUUGGCGAUGAGGGCUUCGGCCUCGACCUCCUCUCCGACGGCAGCUACCCCUUCACCUACGUCGAAGGCAGCAACUUCACGCGCAACCUCGCCAUCCCCACCAUCGACUUUGGAACCUUCCACCUGUACCCGGACAGCUGGGGCACCUCCCACGAAUGGGGCGAUCUCUGGGUACAAUCGCACGGCGCUGCAUGCACGGCCGCCGGCAAGCCCUGUCUGUUUGAGGAGUACGGCGUUACCUCCGACCACUGCGCGCUCGAGACGCCCUGGCAGAAGACCUCAUUGAAUACGACGGGGCUGUCCGGGGAUUUGUACUGGCAGUAUGGGGAUACGCUGAGCACAGGACCGUCGCCGAAUGACGGCAAUACCAUUUACUAUGGGACCGAUGAGUUCCAGUGCAUUGUGAAGGAUCAUGUGGCGGCUAUCAAGGCGAAGCAGGGGUGGGUUUAG